AUGUUCGUUUCUAGACCUGAAUCCCGUCUUCCAUCCUUCUCGGAAUUGGUUUCCUCGAUCCAACACCAAACUUACCAAAGUGGUGUUGUCUACAAUGCCCCUUACGGUUACAUGCCUAUGCCUAUGGCUAUGGCUCCUGUGCCAAUGCAGUCCUACUUCCAACCUCAGGGAGAAUUCCCUUCUAGAAGUAGUACCAUCACACCAUAUGCUCGCUCUGAAUAUGACCUGGUGAGCUCGUCGCCUUCCCUGUCUGUUUCAGAGUCUCCCUUAGGAAGUGUCCGUCUGCUUGAUCUUAGUAGAAUGACCCCAGAGAACUCUGUCAACUCCACAAUGGGUUCCAGUGCUUCUUCUGUGGUGUCCACUCCAAGCACUACUCCGACCUCAUCAGUGGCUAUUGCAGAGGCUCCUAAAAGAAAACAUGCAUGCACUGUCUGUGGAAGAUGUUUCACUACCUCUGGUCACUUAGCCCGUCACAACAGAACCCACACUGGCGAGCGUAAACACGUAUGUCCUUUCCCAUUAUGCGAGGCUCGUUUUGCACGUCAAGACAAUUGUAUGCAACACUACAAAACUCACAUCAACGGUAAGGGUAGACGCAAUAGAAACAAAGCUGCGUCGCCUGGAUUUAAACCAGCUCCAAAAGUAGCAGAGACUGUAUGGUACACCAAACCUUAA